AUGGGGUCAACUUUGAAAAAUUCUACUGCUACUUAUAAGCUAAAUACCGGUGCAACAAUUCCAGCAGUUGGCUUAGGUACAUGGCAAAGUACCAACGAAAAUGAAGGUUAUGAAGCUGUAAUGAAUGCUUUAAAAGCUGGUUAUAGACAUAUCGAUACUGCAGCAAUCUAUAAAAAUGAAGAUCAAGUUGGUAAAGCCAUUAAUGACUCUGGUAUCCCACGUGAAGAAAUCUUUGUCACUACUAAAUUAUGGGGGACUCAACAUCGUGAUCCAGAAACUGCCUUAAAUCAAUCUUUGGAAAGAUUAGGCUUAGAUUAUGUUGACUUAUAUUUGAUGCAUUGGCCUGUGGCUUUCAAACCUGAUUCCAUUAAAGACGGUAACUAUUCAACAAUGCCAAUGUUACCUAAUGGUCAACGUGAUCUUGAUCUCACUACAUGGAAUUUUGUUAAGACAUGGGAAUUGAUGCAAGAAUUGCCAAAGACGGGGAAGACUAGAGCUGUUGGUGUUUCUAAUUUCUCUAUCAACAACUUGAAAGCUCUUUUAAGUUCUCCAGGUAAUAAAUUGGUUCCUGCUGCCAAUCAAGUGGAAGCUCACCCAUUGCUGCCUCAGGAUGAAUUACAAAAGUUUUGCAAAGAAAAGGGUAUUAUUUUGGAAGCUUAUUCCCCAUUAGGUAGCACUAAUGCUCCAAUUUUAACUGAACCGAAAAUUAUUGAAAUUGCCAAGAAACAUAACGUUCAACCUGCUCAAGUUGUUAUCAGUUGGCAUGUACAAAAAGGGCAUGUUGUGUUACCUAAAUCUGUCCAUGAAGAAAGAAUUAAAGCAAAUUUCCAAACUUUUGAAUUAUCUAAGGAUGAAAUGGAUAGUUUGAAUAAUCUUUCAAAGGAAAAAGGUGAAAGGAGAAUUGUUCAACCUAAUUGGGCACCAUUUGUUCCAUUUGUUUGA